UUGUGUUUGUGUUUGUAAAUUUACUGGCUCUGGUCCAUCUCAGUUAUCCAUCGUUCAUAACUUUAUAAUAUACGUACGUGUUUACUCGAGGAUACGUACGUGUUUACUCAAGGUAGAUACAUACUUCUUAUGGAGGAUGCAUAAUCAUAAAAAUUCAUACUAACAUGGUGUCUCUGUCUCUGUCUCUGUGUUGUCCCUUGUCCCUCAGUGACAGUGACGGGGGUUACAUGGACAUGAAUAAAGAGGAGAGCAUUCAGUACGUGGCCAUGAAGGAGCUCAGCUACGCCGACAUCGAACCCGUCGUGUACGAGACGCCGUACACAGCGGCAGACCGGCAGGAGGCGUCCCCUGUCCUCCUCAGUGACUCUUCUGUCCUCAGUCUGAGCGACCUCCUCAGUUUCUCCUACCAGGUGUCUCAGGCCAUGGACUUCCUGUCUUCCAGAAAUUGUGUCCACAGAGACCUGGCGGCUAGGAACGUCCUGGUCUGUGAGGGGAAGCUGGUGAAGAUCUGUGACUUUGGUUUGGCUCGAGAUUUGACCAAAGACCGGGACUACGUCGCCAGAGGAAACAGCUUCUUGCCCGUGAAGUGGAUGUCUCCAGAGAGUAUCUUCCAGAACAUCUACAGCUCUCAGAGCGACGUCUGGUCCUACGGCGUCCUGCUGUGGGAGAUCUUCUCUCUGGGUGGGAGCCCAUACCCGGACGUCCCGAUGACGCAGGAGUUCUACUCGUCUCUGAAGAGCGGCUACAGGAUGAGUCGACCCGAACACGCUCCGGAGGACAUGUACGUCCCUCAACUCUCUGCUGUCAAACCUACAUGUGUCCUCGAACGAGUCAAAUGU